CUCUCUCUCUAUCUCUCCCUCUGUCUCUCACUGACACUAUUUUUCUCUUGCGACAUGGCUGAGCGAUCACCACGCGAUGAUCCCGAGAAUAUGAAAAACUCUGAGAAGGGCUUUCUUGAUUAUGAUGUCACUGAUAUAUGUUUUGAAUCUAUUCCAGGAGAUAACAAAGAUUUGAAUCUUCAAGAAAAGUCAACUAAGAUAAAUCCCGAUCUUUGUGAUGAUGGUGCCGCUCAAGAACCACAAGUGAAAGGCUCUGCUUCUGCUUCUUCUUCCGCCAUUAAUGAAUCCAACAAGGACACAUAUGCUUCUUCUUCUUCAAGAAACCGUGGAACUGGCGAGAUAAGGAGGGUUGAUAAAGAAAAGGAUCGCAAUGAUGGUGAUACGCCCGAGGAAUCUGAUAAUGAUAGUGAUCAGAAAGAGAGAUAUCGUGAAAUGGAGAGGUUUUAUGAUAGAUUUCUUGGGCUCUCAGACCAUAGAGAAGAAGCUGAGAACAGAGAAAUACAGAUCGACGAAGAAACCAUGAACCCGCAGCAGCAACUCAGAGGUCUCAGAGGACCAAACCAUGGAUCAACAUCUUCUACAAGCGAUCGAACCAAUAUCAGCCGAACUCUUGGUAUGCAGAGUCAACUCUCUCCCAGGGCAGCAUCAUGGAGACUUCAGAACACAUAUCAGCAGCCUCCAGUAGCUAACCAGAUGCCAAGGCCGAAUCAAUUAUAUAUUCCGCCAAUGAGCCAAGAUCAGAUGAUGUACCCGUAUCAAGAUCCAGAGGCUUACCAGAGGUACCCCUAUCAACAUCCAGUGGCUAACCAGAUGUACCCGUAUCAACAUCCAGAGGCUUACCAGAGGUACCCAUUAUAGAGGGUACAUAUAUA